AUGUUGUUUGAGUCUCUAGAUGCUGCAAAAGACGAUGUUCUAAUGACUGUUUCCUUAUUAGAAAAGAAGAUUCUUGAUGAGAAAAAGAAGUCCGAAUUACUCGAGAAAGAGCGCGACAACUUAGAAAAAACAAGUAAAACGGAGAUGGACGACAUGAAACGACGUUUCGAUGAGGAACUCAAAGAAAAACAAUUACAGAUUGAGGAAUUCCAAAACAAGAUCUUAGCCGAACAAGCUCAGCUUGAAAAGGUCAAAAAAGACUUAGAAGAGCUUCAAACGAAGAAGUCGAGUGCAGCCAUUCGCAACUUUGGUCUUUCCUUUGCACGAACUUCAAUGGGGACAAAUUUCACCAAAACGGAUGUCCCCGUCUUACCCUCGGAAUUACUUGCACAACCGACUGAAGGUGCGAUGAAGCGCAGAGCGUUGAACAGGACUCGGCACCUUCACAAAAAAAAUGAAGAAAAAGACUUACAAAAAGACGCUCAAAAAGAGACCAUCGACACUCCAAAAGCCGAGCAAAGUGAAGAGAAAGUCUUACCGCCUUCUACAAAGCUUGUCGCACCCCCCAAAUGCAAUCCAUUAAAAAAUUCCGUCUUGACGACUGGGAUGGCGGAGGUCCAGUUAGUCACUCCGAGCAGUGAAAUCCUGUCGAUCGGUGCGAUACCCAAAGAAGUUGAGUUGAAGACGACGAAGCCCAUUUUCAAGGAGAAGACUGAGGUGACGAAUUUCUUUUAUUUAUCGAAGCAAUUGUAUUACGUCCGCGAGAAGACUAAAGGGAAGACCCUCUACGAGUUUGUGUGUUCCACGAAGAAGAGCGACAAAGUGAUUGUCUCGAGCGAUAAGCCGAUCGACAUCUUCACGAGUCGCGACGUGGUGUUGUGCUCUUAUAACAACGAAAUCUUUCAAUUGGAGCCACUUUCGAUGAAGUUGCGGAGCAUCGGGAAAGUCGUCGGGUUUGAUAAGUUUGGGGAAAGUGAUGAUAAGAUCACCGUCUACGUCUUUACUAAGAAGGGAGAGAUCUACACUGUCGGCGACGGACUCGAGAAAGUCGCGGAGAAUCUUUUAGUCGGGAAGAGUCCUAUAGUCUCGCAAGACAUUGUAUACUCAGUCAAGAACAGUGGGUUGUCCGUGCAACAGUUUGGAUCACAAGAACAAAAUAAGUUGGAUGUUGUCGAUGUUGUCGACUUCACGGAGAUUGGGGGAAAGUUGUGGGUCUUGUCGGGAGAGAAACAAACGAUCAAUAUAGUCGAUAAAAUGUGUGAAAGUGCAUUAAUAAUUACUUUGGGGUUUAAGCCCGUUGGAAUCAAAAACAUAGGGAAAUACGCUUUUAUUAUUGGCUUUGAAAAGUGUGUGAUGUUCGAUAGCGACGGGAAGAUGUUAUUUAAUGGAAAAUUGCAUAUCGAUACUAUGAAGAAAUUUGGAGUUAAUAGUAAUAAGAAAGGAACUAUUUGUUUUGUAGUUCUUGGCACUAAAGAAAUAACCGAAUACCCAACUCCUUAUAACACUCAUGACAUGCAAAAUAAUUCAGAUACAACUGCAGUGUGUGCUAUUUGUGGAAAAGAUGGAGCAGAUCGGAUAUGUUUUGUUUGUCAUAAGCCUUUUCAUAACAAGUGUUAUUCUGAGACAAAGAAUCAAGAAGAUCCUUGUUUGGUUUAA